AUGACUUCUCGUGAUCCUUAUGCUUACGAUGUUUGUGGACCUAAAAAGCUUUCUACUCCUGGUGUGACCGAGAUUUUCAGUUCUAGCUGGUAUGAUGGAGAUCACAAGAGAAAAGUACUAGCGUGCUUCGUACAAGCAGUAUACUUACUUGAACUAGACAGACAAGGGAAUAGGACACCAAAAACUGCUCUUGCUCCAAAAUGGUUGGAACCCUCUAAUUACAAGCUUUCAGAAACCCUGGUGGAUGAAAGAGAUGGAUCCAUUUUUGGUGCAGUACUAGAGUGGGCUGGUUAUGCAGUAUUAAGGCCUCGUGGUGCACCGAAAGCUAUUUUAGCACUAAGAGGGAAUUUAAUAAAAGGCUUGACAAUGAUAAUAGAUUUCACAGAUGAUAUUCGGCUUUUUGCAUGUGAAAACUUGGAAGGAUCUGUAAGAUUUAGUGCAGCUACGAAAGCUUUAAAGUCGUCUGUGAAUAGAUUUGGUGAUUGUAAUGUAUGCAUUGCAGGACAUUCGUUAGGAACUGGUUUUGCAAUUCAAGUGGGUAAAGCAUUUGCGAAACAAAAAGUUUUUAUUGAGACGCAUUUGUUUAACCUACCAUCAGUUUCUCUUGAGUGUGUUUGGAAUAAUCUCAAAUCGAUAUUUGCAUUUAGUGGUGAGGAUGACACAGGAGAUGAGAAAGUUUGUGCAACAAUUAUGAAAUGGGGUCUUCAUUUUUAUGUCAAUAAGAGUGAUUUCCUUUGUUCCGAAGCCGAUACUGAAGUGAUACAAAACAGGAGCACAAGUAGUUGUAAUUCCCCAGCAGCAAAGCUUUUUGUGCAUUCAAAGGAAAAGAAAAGUGUUUCUGAUGCUCAUGGGAUAAUGCAGUGGUGGGAAGAUGGUUUGAUGCUUAAGGCUUUCCCGAACAGUAAGCUCAUAGAUAGACAUCUCAAGAGCCUCAUGUCUUAA